AUGCCUAAGUCAAAGGAACUUGUAUCUUCAAGCUCAUCUGCCAGUGAUUCAGAUAGUGAAGUUGACAAAAAGGUAAAGCGGAAAAAGCAAGCAGCUCCAGAAAAGCCUGUAAAGAAACAAAAGACUGGUGAAAGUUCAAAAGGUGCAGCUUCUUCUAAGCAAAGCAGUAACAGAGAUGAGAAUAUGUUUCAGAUUGGCAAAAUGAGGUAUGUCAGUGUUCGUGACUUUAAAGGGAAAGUCUUAAUUGAUAUUAGAGAAUAUUGGAUGGAUCAAGAAGGUGAAAUGAAGCCUGGCAGAAAAGGUAUUUCUUUAAAUCCAGAACAGUGGAACCAGCUGAAGGAACAGAUUUCUGAUAUUGAUGAUGCAGUAAGAAAACUGUAAAGACAAAGCCAUACAGAAACUUUUAUCAUUUUAGUUGUUUCAAGCGGUCUUUUUACAUUGGCUUUUGUUUUCUAAAAUAUUGUUUUCCAAGCUAUUGUAUAUUUGGAUUGCAAAACGAUUUGUAAGAUUAAUACUUUUUUUAUGUGCAUUAAAAGUGUAUUCUGAGUGAGGCUAUUUGUGUAUACUUUACUAAAAGGAAACAUGUUGUUUUCACCUCAUGGUGUAAAAUAAACAAAUCAAAUAAUAUGUAAAGCAUA